UCUAGGUUAAAUUUGUGUUCUAGACUACAUGAUACCCCAUGAAUUGAUUUCACCUUCCAUCUCUGUAAAUCUGUCUUCAAAUGAUGUGAUUGAAAAGAUGAAGAAGAAAAUGGAUAAUGAAGUUGACAUAUUUAGUACUCUACCAGAAGCUCUUAUUAAUCACAUUCUUUGUUUCCUGGACAUGAAAUUUGUUGUUCAAACAAGCAUUUUGUCUAGAAGAUGGAGGUAUGUAUGGACCACUGUCUCUACUCUUACAUUCAAUGUCAAUGAGUUUAUCAGUCCUGGUACUGUACCACACUCUAUAGAGAUGAAUGAGGUUACAAGGUUUAUAGACAAGGUACUCCUACUAAGAGGCAUGGCUGACAUACAGAAGUUUCAUCUUCAUUGGGUAGACAAGAUAUUCGAUGCAUAUACAAUUCGAGAACUUCUGAAAAACCAUCUAAAUACAUGGAUACUUGUUUCCUUAACUCGUAAUGUUCAAGAAUUACUUAUUCGCAUUGACACUGCUGAUAAUUAUCGGUACCUGGAGAUUAGGUUCCCACAUUGCCUCUUCAAUUCUCAGUCAUUAAGGAAGUUGGUGCUAGAUAUGGCCGGUGAGAUACAAUCAUGUGUUCUUCUUCCUAACUCGAUAGAUUUACCUAGGCUUAAAUUCUUGUCGCUUAGUUCAUUUCAUAUUCAAGAUGUGAAUUUGAUUAAUAAGCUUAUCUCAAGCUGUCCAGGUCUUGAAUCACUGGUCUUGAGAGAUAUUUGGAUACAGAACGACGAUGAUAUGAAUGUCAGUAUUGAGUCGUGUGAACUGAAACACUUGGAAAUUAUCAGUGAUAGUGAAUUGUGUGACCCCAAGUAUAACAUGCUCAAAAAUAUCAGGUUAUCGACUCCAAAGCUUAUAUCCUUCAUUUGUAGUUCUUACAUGAGACAAAUAUACUGUCUAGAGAACCUCUCUUCUCUGGUCACUGCUACUAUUCAAAUGACACAAGAAGGCAGCACCUUGUAUAAAAUGUACCCUAAGCGUAUGAUGGAAUUCUUGAGAGGACUUCAUGAUGUGAAAGAACUGACAGUUACAUCCCCCGAUUUCGUUCAGGUUCUCGGAGGAUCUCCCAUCUCAAUAGAGGCCCAAUCCUCUCCUCAAUUCUAUUAUCUACGACGUUUGAAGUUGGAGACGUCUUUUACAAGAGGCUGCUUGCGUGCAUUGAUAUACUUACUCAAAACAUCUCCAUUGGUAGAAUAUCUGUUUCUUGCAAGAUACGAGUCGGGCUUAAUCGAUGCCGAGGAUGAUGAAGAAUUGGGGUUGUCAUUGCCAUGCCUAAUGUUUCACCUUAAGCAUGUUGAGAUCAGAGAAGUGAAAGGCCGCGAGGAUGAACUUAAGUUUCUGGAAUUUUUGUUGAAGAAUGCCAUAGUUUUGGAGAAAAUAGUUCUGUCUUAUAAUAAAAUAAAAGAGCUCCACCAGGUACAACUGGCUCAGCUGAUAUACGGAAGCUAAUGAAGAAGUUUGAGGAGAAGCUAAGAACACUUCCUAGAGCUUCGCUAAAUCUGACAAUGACCUUCCUUUAAUUCUAUUAGAUACCAGUUGAUGUUCUUAUUCUACCUUAAUACAAAACUUGCAUUUGUGUAUGUCUCCCUUGUUACAGAGUUGCUUUCGCGACUAUUUACACGAGGUUCUUUUAAGUUGUAACUUUU